GCGAGGCGGGGUGAGGCGGGGCUAUGGAGAGGAGGAGGAAGAUGGCGGGAGGGCGGCUCUGAGGAGACCUCGGCGGCGGCGGAGGAGGAGAGAAGUGCUUCGCCGCGCCGGGGCCCAUGUGGGGAGGAGUCGGAGUAGCUGUUGCCGCCGCCGCCGCCUGUAGCUGCUGGACCCGGGUGGGAGUGAAGGGGAAACGGCAGGAUGAAGUUCGCCGAGCACCUCUCCGCGCACAUCACUCCCGAGUGGAGGAAGCAAUACAUCCAGUAUGAGGCUUUCAAGGAUAUGCUGUAUUCAGCUCAGGACCAGGCACCUUCUGUGGAAGAAUCUGUGCAUAUGUUGAGGAAAUCAAGUCUCCGUGAGUCGUCCCCCCGCCCCCCCAUUACAGAUGAGGACACAGUAAAGAGGUAUUUUGCCAAGUUUGAAGAAAAAUUUUUCCAAACCUGUGAAAAGGAACUUGCCAAAAUCAACACAUUUUAUUCAGAGAAGCUUGCAGAGGCUCAGCGCAGGUUUGCUACACUUCAGAAUGAGCUUCAGUCAUCACUGGAUGCACAGAAAGAAAGCACUGGUGUUACUACACUGCGACAACGCAGAAAGCCAGUCUUCCACUUGUCCCACGAGGAACGUGUCCAACAUAGGAAUAUUAAAGACCUUAAACUGGCCUUCAGCGAGUUCUACCUCAGUCUAAUUCUGCUGCAGAACUACCAGAAUCUGAAUUUUACAGGGUUUCGAAAAAUCCUUAAAAAGCAUGACAAGAUCCUGGAAACAUCUCGUGGAGCAGAUUGGCGAGUUGCUCAUGUAGAAGUGGCCCCAUUUUAUACAUGCAAGAAAAUCAACCAACUCAUCUCUGAAACUGAGGCUGUAGUAACCAAUGAACUUGAAGAUGGUGACAGACAGAAGGCUAUGAAGCGUUUACGUGUCCCCCCUUUAGGAGCUGCUCAGCCUGCACCAGCAUGGACUACUUUUAGAGUUGGUCUAUUUUGCGGAAUAUUCAUUGUACUAAAUAUUACCCUUGUGCUUGCAGCUGUAUUUAAACUUGAAACAAAUAGAAGUAUCUGGCCCUUGAUAAGAAUCUAUCGAGGUGGCUUUCUUCUGAUUGAGUUCCUUUUUCUGCUGGGCAUCAACACAUACGGUUGGAGACAGGCUGGAGUAAAUCAUGUACUCAUCUUUGAACUUAAUCCAAGAAGCAAUUUGUCUCAUCAGCAUCUCUUUGAGAUUGCUGGAUUCCUGGGGAUAUUGUGGUGUCUGAGCCUUCUGGCAUGCUUCUUUGCUCCAAUUAGUGUCAUCCCCACAUAUGUGUAUCCACUUGUCCUUUAUGGAUUUAUGGUUUUCUUUCUUAUCAACCCCACCAAGACUUUCUAUUAUAAAUCCCGGUUUUGGCUGCUUAAAUUGCUGUUUCGAGUAUUUACAGCUCCCUUCCAUAAGGUAGGCUUUGCUGAUUUCUGGCUGGCCGAUCAGCUGAACAGCCUGUCAGUGAUACUAAUGGACUUGGAAUAUAUGAUCUGCUUCUACAGUUUUGAGCUCAAAUGGGACGAAAGUAAGGGCCUGUUGCCAAAUAAUUCAGAAGAACCAGAAAUUUGCCACAAAUAUUCAUAUGGUGUGCGAGCCAUUGUUCAGUGCAUUCCUGCUUGGCUUCGCUUCAUCCAGUGCCUGCGCAGAUACCGAGACACAAAAAGGGCCUUUCCUCACUUAGUUAAUGCUGGCAAAUACUCUACAACUUUCUUCAUGGUGACAUUUGCAGCUCUUUACAGCACUCACAAAGAACGAGGUCACUCAGACACUAUAGUGUUCUUUUACCUAUGGAUCGUCUUUUGUACCAUCAGUUCCUGCUACACCCUGAUCUGGGAUCUAAAGAUGGACUGGGGUCUCUUUGAUAAGAAUGCUGGGGAAAACACUUUUCUCCGGGAAGAGAUUGUAUAUCCUCAAAAAGCCUACUACUACUGUGCCAUCAUAGAAGAUGUGAUACUACGCUUUGCAUGGACUAUCCAAAUCUCAAUUACCACUAUGACUGUGUUGCCUCAUUCUGGGGACAUCAUUGCUACUGUCUUUGCCCCUCUUGAGGUUUUCCGGCGAUUUGUUUGGAACUUCUUCCGCCUGGAGAAUGAACAUCUAAAUAACUGUGGUGAAUUUCGUGCUGUGAGGGACAUCUCUGUGGCUCCCCUGAAUGCAGAUGAUCAGACACUCCUAGAGCAAAUGAUGGACCAGGAUGAUGGGGUACGAAACCGCCAGAAGAAUAGGUCAUGGAAGUACAACCAGAGCAUAUCCCUGCGCCGGCCUCGCCUGGCUUCUCAAUCCAAGGCUCGUGACACUAAGGUAUUGAUAGAAGACACAGAUGAUGAAGCUAACACUUGAAUUCUCUGAAGUCUAGAUUAAUAUCCUUGGUUUUCCUACUCUACAAUUCUUUCCUUGACCAACGCAACCUCUAGUACCUUUUUCAGCUGAAAACAGGAGAAAACACAUAACACAUUUUCCGAGCUCUUCCAGAUCGGAUCCUAUGGACUCCAAACAAGCUCACUGUGUUUCUUUUCUUUUCUUCUGGUUUAAUUUUAAUUUUCUAUUUUUAAAACAAAUAUUACAUCAUUUUGCCAAUCAGAGGAUGUUUUAAGGGCAAAAACAGUAUCUCUGGAUUGUUCACAUUAUCAGGAUGAAGAACAGGCAUUGCAGAGGCCCUCUGAUGGGACAGUACCGAGAUGUCUCGGCUUCCGUUUGGCCCGGUUUUGACUGGUUAAAACCGGACAUUGAUUUUUAAAUUUUUGUCAGUUUACGUGGAGAAUUUUUUCCUUUCCUUCAUACCCAGCACAAAGGCACUGGCUGCACUUGCAGGAAAAGUGCAACUUAGAGCAGUACCUUCAUUCACGAAGCUACUUUUUAAUUUGAUGUAACUUUUCUUAUUUGGGGGAGGGUUGUUGGGUGGGCGGGAAAUAUGAUGUAUUUGUUACAUAAAGUUUUCUCAUUAUUUAUGAAACUUAACCAUGAAAGAAUGAUAUAACUCCUAUGCAGUGAAGGUGAUAACAAUGAAAGAAGACAGGGGAAACUAAUACUGGAUGGCAUUUAUUUAUGAGGGUCAGUCCCACAUACCUCUUUCAGGAGACAACUUAGACCAGUUUAACUUUUUCUUUGCUUUGCUUUUAAUUUCAAGCCAAAGUUUUAUUAUUAAAUUUUAAGUUGCUGCUGCUUUAGAGUUCUGAGCCUCUCUCCCAUAAGCAAGGCAUCCCACACAUUUUCUUACCACUGGUUGAAAUUCACGUAAGAGGUUCUGAUACUUUUUUUUUCUUGCUGAACAGACAGAAUACAUUUGCCCAUAUUCCAACCAUAGCAGCUAAAGUUACAUCUUACUAUUCGUCAGCAUGUAGGGUAACUGUAGUGUAAUCUUUGCUAACUCUGAAUUGGAAGACAGAGCCACUUCAGAGACUCUUCAUGAUCUUAGUUUUUCCUCUCGUCUCACCCCUUUAGCCAGAAUUUGAUCAAAUUAAAAGUCCUUUGUGAGGAAACCAUAUUUUUUGAGCAUGUAGAACAAAUUAUCAUAUUACAUUAAUACAAAAGACCGUGGCAGUCAUUUUCCUAAACAGUUUGAAAAGAUAAACAUUGGAUUUCAUGCUCUCCCAUAAUAGAAACCUGCUUUUAAAAUUUUGGGGGUCUACAUCUGGUUAUACGUAGGAAAUAUGUUUCUCAGAAAGUUAAAAUUAUUAAUGGUUUAUGUUCAAUGACCGCUUCACCUUUAUCUCAUUUAUUCCCUUCCUAAAUUCCCUUGAUUCAUCAGAAGAUCAUAAGGCAUUUAAUUUUCCUUCAUAGGAUUGGCAUUAAAUUUAGCAUUUUAGGACUGGGUAUAUAAUUCUGAGAGCACUUGCCCAACAUGCACAAGGCCCUGGGUUUAAAAGAAAAUUGAGUGUUUAACAAAGUUAAUGUAAAAUUAAUAUAAAAACCGGAAAAAGUAAAGCUUUAAAUACCCCCCAAGACGGAGAUUCCAAAGGCUUAAUUUUAGACAAGGGAACAAAUAAGAAGGCAGCUAUUGACAUUUGUGUUGUUUUUAAAAAGUGUAGUUAAUUGGCCUUUUAUUCGCUACUUUUGCAUUCAGCUCUUCCCUGCAUAUAAUAAAUCUUUAUUCAUCCCUGUCAUAAUUCUAGUAAAUUGUAUCAAAGUUACUCUUACUACCAAAUUUCUACCAGUUAACUGACAAAGUUUCUUUUAAAAGGAGUUUCUUUCUUUAUUCUGUAAGCUUCCAAAAUGCAUUCCCUUUCUGAAUCAAGACUUUUCCUGAAAAAUCAUAUUAACUUUGUGGCUCCUAUUUUUUUGUGUGUGACUUGCCAAGCAUGUUCCUUGUCCCAAAACUGAAGAGAAAAUGUUUACUUUUUAAAAUUUUAAAUAAAUUGAAAACUAUAAUAAUCAGUGGUAACAAUUUAGUGCCCCUUGAUAGAUUAAAGGUUGCACUAUUUAUUUCUACUUAGGGUUUUUUUUCCCCCUAACUAUUCUAUUUUUUAUACAUUAAUACAUGGGGAAAUAGCACUGGUCUGUCAAGCAAUAGCAGCAGUUAUUACUGAGUAUAUUGAGAAUGAUCAGUGACCAGUUAUUUCUUAUACAAAUAAAAUUGGCAGUACUCUAAUGCGUAUCCAAAGCCACUUGAGUUGUCAGUUUCAUUCUCUGUUAGCAAAUCUAUAUAAACAGGCUGGGGAUUUAGCUCGGUGGUUCUGCCACCUCUGCCUUGCAAGCGCAAGGUCCCAAGUUCGAUCCCCGGUACCAAAAAAAAAAAAAAAUCUAUAUAAUCACACACACACACACACACACACACAAAAUCUUACAGUUAACUUUUGGUAUUUCAACUCCCUGAUGUUUUCAUUUCAGAGUAUCUUAUGACCAGUUUAGUCUUUCUACAACUAUUAUGAUUCUAGGCCCUAAUCAGUGUUAUUUUUUCAUAGAUAAUACUAUGAUAGAACAUAUUAUUUUUCUGAUAUGUUUGUGCUAUUGGCAUAGUCUACUAAAAAAUAAGACUUAAGUAAGUUUCCAUUUACCAUGACAGAUGCGCAACUAUGUAUUUAAACACCCAGCUUAUGUAAAAAGGGUUUUUCCUCAUCAAGGAAGUUUGGGAGACAAGUAUAUAUUUAAAUUCUUUCCUUCAAAAAGGCAAUAUGCAUUUUUCACUUCUCAACUUCAUAUGCCCUAGCAGUUGUGAAUGCUAUGUCCUACCUAAAAUUUCAUUGGAAACUCAUAUACACUGAUACUCUUGAACUCUUAAGAGAUGAGUAUGACAGAGUCAUUUUACAGUCUCACCAAAGAAAAUUUUCAUCUCCUUUUAGGGUUAAAAAUUCUAGUUUUAUUUGAGAAGCACUCAAUUUUAGUAUCAGUUAAAAAUACUCCCUUAGAGGAAUAAAAAGAAGGUGCAAAUAAAAGAAUAAAAUUCAUUUUUUAUUUUAUGAUAGUACUGAAAGCAUUAAUAUACAUUGAGAAAUUAGAAGACAAAGAAGAAUGGUUUAUUUGCUAUGCACAAAAGAGUGCCAAUAUUUAAGGCUGCCUGUACCAUUACAAAGAAUAAUAGGUAAGUUCAUGUCAUACAGAAAAAAAUGAGAUGAUCAAAGAUUAAGUCAUUAGGUUAUAGAUGGUCAUUUUUUUUUUUUUUUGGAAAGAAGCUGAAAACACACAUCCAACUAUUUUUCCAGCACUUACCCAUUAGACUCCGUAGGCAAACUGUUCAACUUCAGUCAGAAGCAGUGGUGUGAGAGGAGAGCGCCAGUGCCUCAGCAAUAACCUGCAUGAACUCUUAAAGGAAAGUGGGGUCUUCCUCGUAGGAUCCAUCACUCCCAGUAUUCAAAGCUGAAAUUUCUGUUUUAACUGACCUCUUACUAGAAGUAACUUGCUGAAACAUUGUAUCUUUCCACAAUGGUGUCACCAAAGUACAUUCACAGCUAGAGAAGGCAGUUCUUUUAAGGCAAGGUAAGAAAGAAAAAAAUAAUCUAGCACUGAGUCAUACAAGUAGCACACAGACAUUUACUUGGAGAGUAAUAUAAUUUUGAAGCUAAUAAGAGGAGCAAGAAGUUGUUAGGUGACCUUGGUAGCAGAAACAAGUCAGGAAAGUGUGUGUUUGUAGACAUGCAGGUGAUGCCUCUCCAUGCCUCUAUUGGUGGUGGUUAUGUUGCUGGGAAGAGCUUCCUUUAUUUUCCUAUCAUUUUUUGGAUCAUUUUGCAUUAUUCAGGAAAUAGCUCUUUAUUCCCAAAUGCAAUUUUCUAAGCAGUGACUAGAAAUAUUUCUUAUUGUAAAGAAAGUAAUUUAGAAAAUUACCAAAUCUGUGGUAUUAUUUUAUUUUAAAAUAUUGAAUUUUCUGAAGUGAAUACACUAAUUUGGUAAAUGAGUUUCAAGUUACUGUUCUUGCAAUAGUUUGCAUAAAAUUUACCUAACUCAAAAAAGUAAGUAUUAUAUAUUUAAAUUUUUUUAAUUAACAUCACUUCUUAGAUUAAAAAAUAAUCUUAUUGAAUCCAUGGCUCUCUCUAGUACAAAAAUCACUACUUUUGUCAACUCAUAAGAAGCUAGUAUCAUUACAAAAAAUCAGUAGUGACUUGUGAAAUUGAAGUUCUGGUCAAACUUUGGGAAAAGUUAGAUAAAGAAGAGUAAAUCACUUUUAUUACCCUAGUUCAUGUUUUUACCUAAUUGAUUGAAAAUUUUUGCUUGUUAUAAUUAUUUAAAACAAGGUAAGUUAAAGAUUUUCUAAAUAUAUAUAUUUCUGCAUUACAAAUACAGUCCAUACUCAAUCUCACAGUCUCCCAGCUUUUCUGCAUUGUAAGUCUAUACAGUGUUACUCUUGGUAACUGGCAAUAGAGUUCAUUUUAUUAUAGAGUAAGAAAUGUGUAUUUUUCAGUGGUACAGAUCAACCAACUAACCAGCAUUAACCCCACUCCAUUUACCAAAUAUGAAAAGGUAAAAUCUCACUAAAUUUGGAAAAGUUUAAAUUAAACAAUGGGAGAAUUUUGCCUGGAAAUGGAGAAAAGCCUGCUUUGUGGUAUGGCUCAUGAUGCCUUGUAUGAAUUGUCAAAACUUGACAGUGAUUUGCCCUAAGAAACAACUUUCCAGUACAUAUUUUCUUAAUUCCUAGUGGAAAAGGAAGCAAAAGGGACAAGUGAGUUUCCCCUGAAAAGAGGAGCAUCAUUAUACUAAUUUUCAACUUAAGUAUGUUUCCUUGUAGCAAACUUUUGGUUUAUUUUAAUCAGUGCCACCUUCAGUUUUUGUUUGUUUAUUUUUGUAUGGUGCCAUCAAUCUAAGGACAAUCAAAUAACCUAUUUUUUGCCUUGGUCUGUUAAUUACACAAUUGCAUCUUGUAUACCUUCAAACCAGGUAUGUGACUAAACUGCCCCUGUACCCCCUUUCCUCUGUACUACUGCAUGUCAGAGGACAGAUUGCAGUACUACUAGAAAGAUGCGGACUUGAAAGAGCAAGGAUUCCAUCUCACUAUCCCUUGGUCACUACCUUUGAAGUCCCUACCUACACUUUCCUGAUCAUCCACAUCCGUACAAGAUAGUAGGAAAUCCUUGAAGAGUAAUUAUUCAUGACGUUAUUUCAAAGUGUAAAGUAAAAACGUAGCCACUCACAUUCUAGUUGCAAAAAGAACAAAACUUUUAAAGAUUUAUCACAUUGUGAAAAUUAAUUUUUUGCCAUUUUCUGGGUUAGCACAGAUGCAUGGAUCAAUGAAGAGUAUUUAGGAAGGAAAUAGGGUAAAAAAAAAAAUGUAUUUUUCUUUUCAAACUCUGUCCCUGUACUUGUGUUUCUUUCACACACCCUCCCUCCUCCACACCGUGUUGGUCAAAUGAUACCAUUCUAUGAAAUCCUGAGCUAUAGCUGUCAAAAGUAACUAUGGAUUGUGAUUAGUCCCCUGUGGUUGCUUCUUUCUUUCCUUCUUAUUUCUCCUUUGCUUUCUUUCUUACUCUCCACUCUGGUAAAUAGAAAAGGUGACGUCAAAGAAUUGAUGCUUGCUUGGACUCAUGUUGUAUCUGUGACUAUGCUAUUAGCUGUCUCCUUUUUCCUUAUAUGGGUAGUAUUCUUAUGACAUGUGGAGUUCCCUUCUUGAUAAGUAGGUUAAAUGCACAAUGUGGUACUGUUUUAUAGUUUCUAGAUGGUUGUAUAAAGCAAAAAGUUAAUGUGGUUAUGUGUUUUUAAAAGAAAAUAAGUGAUUGGUUACAAAACUCUGUCCUUUUUUCAUUAUUACAAGCUCUCUGUUUUCCAACAGUUUGCUGACUCCUUUGUCACUGGUAAAUGGUUUGUGUCGCUGUGUUUUUCUUUCUGGAUUUCUUGAAUUCCUGAAUAUGGUUCCCCUUAUGAUUAACUUGUAUAUGGGCUAAGGCAAACAAUACAAUGGUGAAAUUUUUUAAAUUAUUUUACUAAAUUAAAAAAUAAUCUUAAA